UAAGUGAGAGAUAACAUAACAGAGUUUUAGAGAGAGAAAGAGUGCUCUUCACGAAACAGUCUUGAUCAGUGAAAAACAAGUACUUUUCUCUAUUCUAAUAUUCAAUAUGUGUAACCCAAACACCACACCCACCACAAUCACCACCACGGAUCACCACAAACUAUCCUCCCAAAACCCACCGCCGCCACCACAAACCCACCUCUAUUUCGAUCUCUUAUCAUUCCCAAACACCAUAAAACACCCAGAAAAGAACAAAACAACCCAACAAUUCCACAACAACUACCCAACACUCCCAGAUAUCAUCACUGAAGCCAAACAGCUCUUCAAACUCUCUCUCCCCAUAAUGCUAACCUCUCUCAUCUUCUACUCUCGCUCUAUCCUCUCCAUGCUCUUCUUAGGCCGCCUCGGGGACGCCGAGCUGGCUGCGGGUUCACUCGCUAUCGCUUUCGCUAACAUCACCGGCUACUCGGUCCUCUCAGGUCUAGCCCUAGGCAUGGAACCUCUCUGUUCUCAAGCAUUCGGAGCUCAACGUCCAAAGCUUCUCUCUCUAACUCUACACCGCUCUGUUAUAUUCCUUCUUGUUUCUUCAAUACCCAUUUCGUUUCUAUGGAUUCACAUCUCAGAAAUCCUUCUAUAUCUCCAUCAAGACCCCAUUAUCACAAGCUUAGCACACACUUAUCUCAUUUAUUCUCUCCCUGAUUUGUUCAGCAAUUCAUUCAUUCAUCCAAUCCGCAUUUACCUUCGUGCCCAAGGAAUCACCCACCCGCUCACUCUAGCAUCUCUCGCCGGUACGGUACUCCACUUACCGGUCAACAUUUUUUUGGUUUCGCACCUCGGUCUCGGUGUCGCCGGUGUGGCCGCCGCCUCCGCCGUGUCCAAUUUGUUGGUUUUGUUGACUCUGGUUUUGUACGUGUGGAUAUCGGGUUUGCACGUGCCGACGUGGAGCCCGCCCAGCCGCGAGUGCUUGACCGGGUGGAAGCCGCUGGUCCGACUCGCCGCACCGAGCUGUGUUUCGGUGUGUCUAGAGUGGUGGUGGUACGAAAUUAUGAUCGUGUUGUGUGGCCUCUUGGUGGACCCCAGAGCCACCGUCGCUUCGAUGGGGGUUUUGAUCCAAACGACGUCGUUGAUUUACGUUUUUCCAUCCUCGUUAGGUUUUGCGGUUUCAACUCGGGUCGGCAAUGAACUCGGGGCAAACCGGCCCAAUAAGGCCCGGCUGUCGGCCAUGGUGUCUAUAUUUUUAGCGGCCGUGAUGGGAUUAUUGGCACUCAUUUUUGCCUCCGGGAUGAGAUACAAGUGGGCCCGGAUGUUCACGAACGAUGUCGAGAUCAUACGGUUGACAUCGGCUGCAUUGCCUAUCCUAGGGCUAUGUGAGCUCGGGAAUUGUCCACAAACUGUCGGGUGCGGGGUGGUUAGGGGAACAGCCCGCCCGACCACCGCAGCUAACGUGAACCUCGGAGCUUUCUAUCUAGUGGGCAUGCCGGUGGCCAUUGGGCUUGGGUUUUGGCUUGAGAUUGGGUUUUGUGGGCUUUGGUUUGGGCUUCUCUCCGCCCAAUUUUGUUGUGCGGGCUUGAUGUUGUAUGUGGUUGGGACUACAGACUGGCAUUAUCAAGCCAAGAGAGCUCAGAAGCUAGCAUGCACCGGAUGCGCAGAAAACACGCCGCUGUCUGGUGAUUGCGACGAAGAAAAAGAGCCAUUGAUUUGCAUAAUGGUGACUUCAUCAUGAUAAUCAACUGACCAUGUACAAUUAUAUAUAUUAAAUUUUUUAAUUUGUAUGUUUCUUUGUCAACUGAUAGUGAAUUGUUGAUUAUUUUUUAGUAGGGAGAGUUUUUGAGGUCUCAAUGUGAAAAUGAUAGUCAAUAAAAAAAU